CCACACUCCACCCAGACUCUCCCAUCUACGCCACCUACUCUCCAACGCACACCCUAACAACGAGGUGAAGCGUGUUGAAGUACUUUGACAAACGUUGAUCUGCCUCUUUGUUUCGUUUCGGCUUCUUUUCCCACCUCCCCCCUUCCCCUUAUCCCUCCCUCUGCUUCGAACGCGUGGUCUCCAGGUUCGAUCAACCUUCGCAGCGUUCCAAAGAAGUCCUCAAUAGAGAGUGACCAAAACCCGGCGCGCAUUUCCGACGCUCACGCGCAACUACUUUGCCAACGCAACCCGUGACCACGACGUCGCCGUUGUAGCAGUCAUUGUUCUUGUCACUCUCAUCAUUAUUGUCUUAGUACUCUAAGCCUCUCUUUGCUCUGCAUGUCUGAUUCUGCACGCCAUGCACGUUCCGCCCCUCUUGCCGUCCUCGACGCCGUGCGCGAGCAGGUAGCCGCCACGGCGUCGAACCCGACCGAGGCCCGCCUGUACGCGCUGAUGCAGCGGAUGUGCGAGCUCAAUUGUGAGCUUGAAAAGUCGCGCUUCGACUCGCAACGCGUCCGCCAAACCAACGCCAUCAUCAUGAAGCGCAUGAUGACCGCCCUCACCGCCAACCGCGAGCUCGCCGACCAGAACUCCCGCCUUCGCGGCGCUCUGACCCACCUUGUCAAGCGGGUCAUCAACGGCCGCCAGAUGGUCGGCCCGCCGGCUGUGGUUGCUUCCGACCUCGCGCAGCAGCCAGCUGCGGUCUCGCCCGCCGCUGCCACCGCCGCUGACGGUGCUGUGCCCGCGCCUGCGCGGCUCGCCGAUCCGCGCCGCGCCCAAAGGCUGCAAGCCUCGGUUGCCGCUGCCCGCCGCGAUCUCAUCCAUCGUCCGCCGCGUGUCCACCGCGCCUCGCGCUCGCCGUCGCUCGAACCUAAGCCGAUUUAGCUCUCUCCUGUACCUCCCUCCCUCCCCCCCCCCCCUCCCCUUUCUACUCCCCUCCCCCCUCUACUAUCGAGGGUGAGAGGAGAGUACUACGUUAAUGUCUUUGUGUUGUUGUCUGUCUCUGUCGAGUGCCGCCUCACACCACUAAUAUCAGUGUGAUCCAUGGAAUGGCAAAACAGCCCGCGCUCCACGCGAUGCGGACCGCGACAUCGUGGAGUUCGGCACCGCGCGGAACGAGUGCGUCCGACAGCGCCACGGUGGCCUUGAACACCAGCCACGAAGCCGCAACGUACAGCAGCGUGGCAAGCACAAAGUUGAUGAGCGGAUAGCCGUCAAUGUAGACGGUGACAGCCUUGGCGUCGUGCGAGAGCCAGAUGUGAAGCUGAAGGAUGUAGGUCUCGAGCGUGAUGCGUCCCAGCCAGGCAAACAGAUGCAUGUGCCAGUUGCGCAAGAUCGUAAACAUGUUGCGGAGGACAAUGAAGA